AUGGGCGGCGGGAAAAAGAAAAAGGAGCAAACUCCAUCGGUUGCAACACUCUUCCGCACACCAACCGCCUCGCAGAGGACUACAGGCUCCCAACUAACAGAAGAAGAAGACUCGGGGCCAGAGGAUACCAUCCCCCUACCGGACCCUACGGCCCCACUUACGAUCGGGGUACUACGCGGCAUGCUUCGUGAGGCAACGGCCGACAUUAAAACCCACGUGGCCGCGGAAAUCACCAAACAGCUCGAGGGCCUCAAAACCGAAAUGGCCACCCUCGCCUCCAGGACGGGACAGACAGAGAACCGCAUCUCUAAACUGGAAUCAUCCACGCAGGAACAUGCGCAAGACAUCGCCUAUUUCCACGGCAAAAUCGCAGCCCUGGAGGACGGCAUGGAAGACCUGAAUAAUAGGUCGCGGAGAAACAAUAUCCGAAUCCGCGGCCUACCUGAGGCGGUCACCCAAGAACAGCUACUUCCCACGCUCAAGGCUAUUUUUCAAGAGAUGGCCCCUGACCUUACCCCAAAUGACUUGGAAAUUGACAGGGUACAUCGGGCCUUGAAACCGCCCAAUCUUAACCAAGCCACUCCGAGGGACAUCAUCACCCGCCUCCACCACUUCUCGGCAAAGGAAAAACUGACCCAAGCAGCCAGAUACAAACAGCCCAAAUUCAAAGGCAUCAGUCUUACCUUCUUCCAGGACCUCUCCCCACUAACGCUGAAGAAGCGAAGGGACCUCAAACCCCUCACCUUGGCCCUCCAACAACAGGGACUGAAAUACGUAUGGGGCCACCCCUUUAAACUGAUCGUCAGGAAAGACGAACAAGCACACAUACUCCUGCACCCGACGGAGAUGGGACCCUUCGCGGAAUCGCUGGGGGUCCAAUUGUUACAACACCCCCCCCGUACCCCGCCGAGAAACAGACACCCGCCCGGAUACUGGACCCCGCUCACCUCGUCCACCCAAAAAGAAAAGGCCACAACAGCAGGAUCCGGAGACCGGCCAAGCAUCGCAGGACUGGUAACCGUACCACUCCCCCGACCCCAGCACCACCCGCACCAAAACACCACUCCCCAGAAACACCAUGAACUUACCAGAUACACCACUGCAUCAUAG